CAAACAAAUAGACGGGGCCAAAACUUUGAUUGACAUUUCAAUUAAAUUAUAGCCAAACUUGCGAAACUCGCUGUUGCUGGCGGGCAUGUUCCGAGUGCAGAAAGUUUUGCUGGCCGAAUACGAGGAGAUCUACGAGCCGGUGCUGGUGGAGAAUCCCUUCACCCUGGUGGACAUCCGUGGCGAGGGUCUGCGCCAGUACCAGAUAGGCCUCACCUGCAAUCGCCUGCUCUUCGGCUGCGACAACUUCGCCAAGUACGGGGAUGAGCCGAGUUACGUGGCCAGAGGACUGGAUCCCGAGAUCGAGAGCUUCGAGCUGGUCAGCAUGCUGCCCCUGCAGCUGAUCCGGUUCCACUUCUUCAAGAAGUCCAGCCGCUGCCUCAUGAUGCUGAACAUUGUCCAGCCGCUGGGCAGGCCACUGGCCAUUCUGGAGCACCCCAUGAUCUUCGAGUUCGGGGGCCACAUCUUCAAGCAGCACUUCUGGCACACCUGGCGCGAGCGGGUGGCCAGCAUCCGGGUGAUGCAGCCCAUCUAUGGCCAGAUCACGGGCGCCUCUCCCUUCUCCAGCACCGAUGUCCAGCUGGACGAGGAGCUCACGGUGGCCCAGGUCCAUCCUGUGCCCCGAACCCCUUCGCUCUACAGUGCCUGCCAUGCGGCGGGCGGGGACUUCGGUUAGCCAUGCUAAGAGGCUUUGGGCCGAGUUUUGUCCUUCCGUUAACAGAUGACGCCCGAAGGUUCGAUUUGCGAGCGGGCCCAGGCUUUCAAUUUAGAAAGCCGCCUGUUUAUUUAUUUAUAUUAAAAGCAAGUCGCUCUUUCCACCU